UAUGCAUUUACAUAUGUAUCUAUGUAUAUACGCAUGUAUUUACGUAUAUGAGAAUGUAUGUUGAAGUAAUUAUGGGUGAAUGUGAACUAAUAUGCGAAAUAAAAAAUAUUAAAUCUUCAUUGAGUAUUAAUUGUUCAGAAACCCUCUCAAACCGUUCAAUUGAAUUUCGUAAGCAAGAGGCAAGUGCUAAAAGUCACUCAUUUACUCAAAUGAAAAACAAGUGGAGACAUAACAAAAAGACGAGCAACUCAUACUCGUGUGUACAUAAUAGCCAUGUAUGUGUCUAUAUGUGUAUGUAUACUCGUAUGUGAUAGAAAAUGACCAAAUUGAAAGAACUGCAAACAUGACAAAAAAAAAAAAAAAUCACUUGAGUACUAGGCCAAUGGAGAGUAUCUGGCUGUCGAAAGAAGAAUUUAUUAUUUGUAGCAAUAAUUGCAAUUUUGCAGUUUCAGUUGUAAGAAAGUAUCCACCGAAUACACACAGUUAGUGAAGUGAGUGAAUAUUUGUGUUAGAACAACGUGUGAAAGUGACCGAAAUAGUUGGGAAAACGGUUUAGUAAGAAAAGUGCUAAAAAAGAUAAAACGAGUGCGAAAGAAUGUUAAAUAACUGUGUCAAUAAAAUAGGCAUUCAGAGUUGUAAAGAAAAUACUUUCGAAAUACCUCACUAAAAUAUGCUUUAGCACAGACCAGCAAAUUGAAAAAAACACUUUUUUUUAACAAAUUUAUAUUUAUUCAACGUGCUACAUAAGAAUGGAUAAGUAGCUCAUGAAAAUAAAGAGACAAGAAGAAAAAUCGGCGACAAAGGCAAAGAAAAAUUACGCAAAUUUAAUGUGGCGAAAAACAACCAAAACGAAUUUAUUUUAAUUUAUAGCAGCUGAAAUACCUUCAACUCGCAGUUUAAAUGCAGCAUAUAGAGCAAAAAAAAAGCAAUUUUAAUUUAUAUGUAAACAGAUACAUUAAAGACAAAUAAUGUAUGCAUAUUUGUGAUCAAAUAUUUAAAUAUACUAUAUAAAUAAAAAUAAAAACAGGCAAUAAAAAAAUUGAAUGCGUGCAAAACGGAAAAUCUCAUGAAAAUAUAAGUACAUUAAUUCACAUACAUAUAUAGACUGUUAGAAAAAAUCAUCAGCAGCGUGUUGCGAUCUACUUGCAUGCCAAUCGAGAAUAUUAUACAUUCAGUGCCAAAAGAACUCACGAAUAUCGUGGACGCUCUCACGCUUUCAUAGCGCGCAAAAUUUCAAGUGCAUAACUCAAAGAAAAUCGAAAAUAAAAUACCAAAAGACAUAAGCCUACAAAUAUUUUUACGAAUGCAAUCAGUGUGAAAUGUUUUAAAAUUCUUGCAUCAUUUUUUGACGCUGCGCAAAAGACGUCAUUGUACUUGUUAAAGCACAUUUGCUCCAUCACUGGAAUUCGCACGUACAUACAUACAUACAUACACAUAAAGAAAACACAAAAUCAAAGACAGCAAAAAAAACAAAAAAAUUACAGCUACAGAGUGACGCGUAAAGUGUGAAGAGAGUGUGCGAAGACGUUAAAAUAUUUUGGUUUAUAUCUGAAAUUCUGCUCGCCAAGUCUUAGCGCAUCUAGCAGUGCGCCGAUACUAACCACAUACACACAUAUAUUCAUAUACACAUACCCACACACACUUACAUAUAUACGAUUUAGACGACUGACGAACACUUCGUUGUGCUUGCGAAAUUUACCGACCGCCGUUUUAAACACCACUCCUCCAAUCACUUGCUCAUUUGCCCACUUGCCGGUUGCUCGGCCUUGCUCAUCCGCUUCGGUUGACAAUUUUCCCGGCACGGGUUGGCGCUUUUACUACUACUCAGCACCAACACCAUUGACGUUGCCUUCCUCUUUUUUCGUGCCAGUCUUCGGUUGUCCUCUUCGUACACUCACAUAGUUUAGAAGUUGCCAUCGUUUGGGGCUUCGCCAGCAUUCAAGCAUUGAAGCAUCCAAAUCAUCAUCAUCAUCACCAUCAUAGCCGUCAGCAGGCGCCAAACUCUUGAGUCUUCUCGAGGUAUAGUUGGAAGAGCGGCUACGAUAGGCGAACAGUCUGCUGAAAUCCGUCGUUGUCGUCGUUCGCUCGUAGUUGAUAUUUGCGGCGAAAUAAUUUGUAAAAUUCGUUAUCCGUCCAUGCCAUGCGCGAUAAAAUCACACAACUAUUUUGCUUGCAAAAGAACGCAUGCAAAAAUAAUACAACAGAUAAUCGAGGACAUAAUGUGCCAAUUAAAGUCACGAGCAACGGGACAACGAGUGCCAAUGGGUCUCUUGGGGCAGAAGGGCCCGAAACAGAGACCGACUCAUCAGGGACCGGGGGGAUGCGGAAGCCGUUGGAGAGGAAGGGCUCAGCGCCGAACGACGCUAUUCACCUCCAGAGACGGGUGGGACUCUUCAGUGGGGUGGCUUUAAUUGUCGGGACCAUGAUAGGGUCUGGAAUAUUUGUGUCGCCUUCAGGUCUACUAGUUCGUACUGGUUCCGUUGGUGUUAGCUUUAUAAUAUGGCUGGCCUGUGGUUUGCUCUCGUUGUUGGGCGCUCUGGCAUAUGCUGAAUUGGGUACGAUGAAUACAUCGUCUGGCGCUGAGUGGGCAUAUUUUAUGGACGCAUUUGGUCCGGCUCCCGCAUUUUUAUUCUCAUGGGUAUCGACAUUGGUCCUGAAGCCAUCGCAAAUGGCUAUAAUUUGUCUCUCCUUUGCGCAGUAUGGAGUUGAGGCAUUCGUUGCCGAAUGUGAUCCACCAACAUCGGUGGUUAAAAUGGUUGCACUGCUGGCAAUUGUUAUGAUACUGUUCGUGAAUUGUUAUAGUGUGAAUCUGGGCAUGGCUGUGCAGAAUAUAUUCACCGCUGCCAAAUUGGUUGCCGUCCUGAUUGUUAUCUGUGGCGGCGCUUGGAAACUAUUCCAAGGCAAUACACAACAUCUGUCGAAUGCAUUUAGUGGCAACACACCCACCAUUGGCGCAAUAGCGACCGCUUUUUACACAGGCCUCUGGGCGUACGAUGGCUGGAAUAAUUUGAACUAUGUCACUGAGGAGAUCAAGAAUCCAAGCAAGAAUUUGCCACGGUCCAUUAUGAUUGGCAUACCAUUAGUGACGCUAUGCUACGCCCUCAUCAACAUCUCAUAUUUGGCGGCGAUGUCACCCACCGAAAUGAUCGAUUCGGAAGCAGUGGCCGUGACCUUUGGCAAUCGCAUUCUGGGCGCUAUGGCUUGGCUAAUGCCGCUCAGUGUGACAGUGAGCACCUUUGGUAGCGCCAAUGGUACUCUAUUCGCAGCAGGACGAUUGUGUUUUGCGGCGAGUCGUGAAGGUCACCUAAUGGAUAUACUAUCGUACGUGCAUGUACGUCGCCUGACGCCGGCACCUGGAUUGAUUUUUCAUUCUAUCAUCGCUGCCGCUAUGGUUUUGUACGGCACCAUCGGCUCUCUGAUUGACUUCUUCAGCUUCACCGCCUGGAUUUUCUAUGGCGGUGCUAUGUUGGCGCUCAUUGUGAUGCGUUACACCAAACCCAACUAUCCAAGGCCAUACAAAGUGCCUCUCAUCAUUCCUGUUGUGGUGCUGGCGAUCUCUAUAUAUCUGGUGGUGGCGCCGAUUAUCGAUGCACCGCGCAUUGAAUAUCUCUAUGCGCUGCUCUUCAUAUUGGGCGGUUUGAUAUUCUAUGUGCCAUUUGUUAAAUUGGGCAUGACACCGAGAUUUAUGAACAAAGUGACACUCUUCCUCCAGCUGCUGUUGGAAGUGGUGCCAACCUCAUCGAUGUUCGAAUAAAGCUGCAAGAGGUUAAUAUUAAUUGCAGAAAAAUGAAAACCAGCUGAGACAAAACCGUAAACAACAACCAAACAAUACAAAUAAAUAAAUAAAGGAUCAUUCAAUGAAAAGUAAAGGAGAGACUACCUAUUCAGGAUCUGAGGGAAUAAUGUACGUAUGAAGUAGGGUAACUGAUUAACAUAGACUAGCGAAAUAGUAGACACAAAUAUUCAACUAUGAAACGUGUUGUAGCAUUCAAAGUAAAGUUAAUUAAUUUAAAAAAAGUUCGCAUUGCAUAAAGUUUUUGCUAAAGACCUACAUACAUAUAUGUAUACACAUGAUAUAUACCUACUAUAUAUUUUUAGUUGUAAGCCUAUUAGAAUCAUCAGAUUGUUGCCGAAUCUUAGUAAAACGUUUACAAAACUAGAACAAAAGAUGUUACUGUUUCAAAACCAUUGCAUUAAAUGUGUAAAACAUAGCGCGAGAGCAGCUAUAAAGAAGCUUAUUAAGCUACGUAGGUACGAUUGUAUUUGAUUACUGUUAGGAUUUAAAUGUAGUUAAUACGUAUGUAUGUAUAAGUAAGGCAUACUUAUAAGUGUGCGGUUAUGAAUUUUUACUAUAUUUUACGGUAUAUUUUAACAAAUUUACAUUGGAUACGUACUUAUUUGAAUAGAAAGCUUACAGGGUGACGAAGGCAAAAGUGUAGUGGAGCGAGUGGGGAACAGCUGAUCUUAGAAGUGAAUAGCUGAUUGAUUAAUUUAAACUGCAUAUGUUGAGGUGCCGUUAGCUAAUCACCAAGACCGUAUCUUUGAUUUCUAACACACAAAUUUCAGGCAUAAAAGAGUGAGCGUAAAAUAAUUGCCGAGGGAUAGAAAACUGUCCAACAGCACAGGGACACAAAGAACAAAAAAAAAAUUAACAAUAACUGGACAGAGUCAGUAUAUUUGCGCGUUUUUCAAAACCAAUUUUAAUGUUUGCUCAUUCUAAUUAAUAAAAUUUAAUAUCAAGCUUCUUAGAACACCAGAAUAGCUGACAAUUAGAUUGCUUUCACAAGCUCACGUAAAAUUUUUUUGGUCAUUCUUAACCAUGAUAGAAACAUAAAUUACUCUUUCUGUAACAGGCUCAAUUGCUCGCGUAUUUUGAGUGACCGCGUGCCGGGAAACUAAAGGUCUAGACUUAUAGUUUAAAUCUUAAAGUUUAAUUAAACUUACAUUUUUAAAAUGUGCGUUUAGGCCCCAUUUGCCUUUUAAAGAUUACACAAAGUUCACAUUCAGCUGGUUUCAGCACUGAUUAGCGGCUCUCCAUAAGAAAUAUUAAUCAGAAAUUGAGAAAGAAGAGCAUAAGACCUGCUAAUUGGUUGACAUAACAGCUGAUCAUUGAACUGUGUAGUUUUUUUCCGAUUCUCUUUUAACUUUACCUCACAUACAACUCGAUUUUACUGGCUUAACCGAAAAUUUCUUGUUUCAAGAUACUCACAGGCACAAUCAGAAUCGAGACUAUACAGAAAAAAAAAAUAUAUAUGUGAUCCUUUAACUCCUUUUUGGAGCACAGACAAAAAAGGAACAUCAACUAUAUGGUUACACAAUUUUUGGGAAAGAAGACAA